AACUUGGAUUGGAGCCAUCCUCUCCAUCACAACAACACUAUUCAUAGGUGAACAAACAUGCAUUUAAUUUAGUCUCGCGUACAGAUUUUUCCCACGUGACACUUUUAAUAUGUGGAAUCAUUUACAUUGUCCUUGAACGAACGGUGCAAGAGAUAAUUGCUGCUGAACGCAUGUUCCUCAUGAUGUCUGGUCUAUAUACCUUUAUGUGCCAGUUUUUCUUCUUCACUCUUUGUGAUAUUGCACUGCUGAAACAAGAAAUUUCCAAGCCAAAAAGUGGUAAAAUCGUUUCCGGUCUGACCACUCUACUCCUAUACUUGAUAUUUACCUACUUCGCAACGAAAAUCAGAGACACUUACCAAACGUCAACCGGGAGGCUGACAAGACAUGGAAGCCUAUUCAACUUUAUGAAAGUGGUAUUGGAAUUCGCGAAAGCAGCAAUAGUUGUACUGUGCAUGAGGGAGCAAGGCUUCGAGUAUCAUUUCGACGUUCUGUACUCGUCUGUAACAUUUACGUAUUACCUGUGCACCGAGAAAUUGUACGUCGACACCUUCGUCGCAAUCACGCGACUAUUGAAUUACGUUCGCUUCGAUUCAUUGGAACAUUUGAUAGUGCCCAUCAUCCUGCACGUCAUCGGAAUCGCUUUGAAUGUGGCCGUAAUAUCGUAUAUUCUGUGUCUCAGAAAAUACCUGGGUUUCGUGUUCGUAUCCGCUUACCUCACGAUCUAUUUGUCGACAAAAAACCUGAUCUGGAACUACGUGCAACCUCUGCAACUGGAGAGGAAAACUUUCGCAAGUUUCAGGAUAGCGGAUGAGAAGGAUAUUAACAAAUGGGACGAUAUUUGCGCUGUUUGCUUGGAGAGGAUGAGCAAAGCGAGGAUAACUCCAUGCAGCCAUCUAUUCCAUCCACAUUGUCUGAAGAGAUGUUUGCAAUCAUCGAUGACUUGUCCUCUAUGCAAAAAGGAUUUUCUCUAGGUUUAAAAUA